UUUACAAAAACUGCCUGUCAAAAUAAUCACAAAACUCCAUUUGAUUGUUGUUAUCUAAAAUAUGAUUAUGUGAUUAAAAUAUUUUGUCACUAUUAACGUAAUUAAUAUUUAAUUCAUAUGAAUAAGUCAAAUUUGUUUGUUUUAAACUUUUCAAAACUAAUAAUAAUACAAAAAAAGUUUAUGUUCGGCGUUCAUCAUAAUCCAAAGCGUCAAAUAUUUUAUAUAAAAUUAGAUAAUUAUGAAAGAGCAACUUUAUUGUACAAAAAAAAUGAUAAUAUUUUGGAUAUGAAGUCUAUUAAUGUACCAGAAAAAUUUGAAAAUAGAGGCAUCGCAAGAUUAUUAACAGAGGCUGCAUUUACUUAUGCCAUUGUAAAUAACUACUAUCUAAUUUUAACGUGCAAGUAUAUGCAGCGUACAUAUGAAAAAAUAAAAACCCCCGAACUUGAAGAACGUGUAAUUGGUCCAUCAAAUUUUCUAAAAGCUCCUGAAGUCUGA